CGAAUUUUUAGCAUUCAAGGGAGCUCUCUCUCCAGUUUGUUACUACUUGCACGCGAACACUUGUUCCAUUUCUCAACCAACGCAAAUUAAUUUCUCUUCUUCACUUUAUCGAAAUGGUUAUGUGUAUAUGUUUCUUCUGCUAAAUCUGUUCUUUCUAAAUGAAGAACAAGUCUUAGGAGCUUGGGAUUAUCUUAUAUUUGUUUCUCUGAUUUUAUCAUGCUGGAUUUGAUUGAUCUGACAAAGAAAUAAAUGCUUAUGAUUAAGUAAGGCUUUGAGAAUUUAUAUGCUAUGGCGUGGUUUAGAGCUGGUUAUAGAGCAGCAAGAAUUGCCAUCAGGAAAACUCUUUCUCAGACUGCAUCAUAUGCAUCAAGAAUACAAUGCCUUCCUUGGCGGAAUCGGAGUUUUCAUAGUACAAUCUUCCGAGCUGCUGCCCCUAACUCUCAGCACCUUGCUGGAUUAUCUGAUAACUUCUUAGAUGCAACAAGUAGUGUUUACUUGGAAGAGUUGCAAAAAGCCUGGGAAGUGGAUCCCAAUAAUGUAGAUGAGUCUUGGGACAAUUUCUUCAGGAAUUUUGUCGGUCAGAAUCAGAAAGUACCAUCUGCAGGUGUUUCAGGACAGACAAUCCAAGAGAGUAUGAGUUUGUUGUUGCUGGUUAGAGCUUAUCAAGUUAAUGGUCAUAUGAAAGCAAAAUUAGACCCAUUGGACUUAGAAGAAAGAGAAAUUCCUGAUGAAUUAGACCCAUCUUUUCAUGGCUUUACAGAAGCUGAUCUUGAUAGAGAAUUCUUUUUAGGGGUAUGGAAAAUGUCUGGGUUCUUAUCAGAUAAUCGCCCAGUAAUGACUCUACGAUCUAUAUUAACAAGACUUGAACAAGCAUAUUGUGGACAUGUUGGAUAUGAGUAUAUGCAUAUAGAUGAUAGUGCUAAAUGUAAUUGGUUAAGACACAAGAUUGAGACACCAGUACCAAUGACAUACAAUCAAGAUAGACUUGAGUUAUUGCUUGAUAGGCUAACAUGGAGUACACAAUUUGAGAACUUUUUGGCUACUAAAAUGAAAGCAGCAAAGAGGUUUGGGCUAGAAGGUGGGGAGACUCUGAUACCUGGAAUGAAGGAGAUGUUUGAUAGAGCAUCUGAUCUUGGUGUAGAGAACAUAGUUGUUGGAAUGCCUCACAGAGGAAGAUUGAAUGUACUAGGUAAUGUUUUUCGUAAACCACUUGCACAGAUAUUUAGUGAAUUUGACAAGAAUGCAAAGGUAGGCGAUGAGAUUGGAGUUUACAGUGGUACUGGUGAUGUUAAAUAUCACUUGGGAACUUCUUAUGAUAGACCUACUAGAGCUGGGAAGAGAAUUCAUUUGUCACUUGUUGCAAAUCCCAGUCAUUUGGAAGCUGUUGAUCCACUUGUUCUUGGAAAAACUAGAGCAAAGCAAUAUUACACAAAUGAUCUCGACCGGACUAAAAAUAUGGCUGUUUUGAUCCAUGGAGAUGGUAGCUUUGCUGGGCAAGGUGUAGUUUAUGAAACCUUGCAUCUUAGCGCACUUCCUAAUUAUACCACCGGUGGAACUAUACACAUUGUAGUGAAUAACCAAGUAGCUUUCACUACGGAUCCAAGGUCAGGGAGAUCUUCACAAUAUUGCACUGAUGCUGCUAAGGCAUUGAAUGCCCCUAUUUUUCAUGUAAAUGGAGAUGAUAUGGAGGCAGUAGCUCAUGUGUGUGAGCUUGCAGCAGAAUGGCGCCAGAGUUUCCAUUCUGACGUUGUGGUUGAUAUAAUUUGCUAUCGUAGAUUUGGGCAUAAUGAGGUUGAUGAGCCUUUGUUCACGCAGCCAAAAAUGUAUAAGGUUAUUCAGAAUCAUCCAUCUUGCCUUGAAAUAUAUCAAAAUAAACUUUUAGAAUCAGGGAAGAUCACACAAGAAGACAUUGAUAGGAUACACAAAAAGGUUAAUGCAAUACUUAAUGAAGAAUACUCAAACAGCAAAGAUUAUGUUUCUAAAAGAAGUGACUGGCUUUCAUCUCAUUGGGCUGGUUUCAAGUCUCCUGAACAGCUUUCACGCAUCCGAAACACUGGGGUAAAACCAGAUAUUUUGAAGGAAGUUGGUAAAGCAAUAACAUUCCUUCCAGAUGAUCUAAAGCCUCACAAGCAAGUGAAAAAGAUAUAUAGUGAUAGGGCUCAAAUGAUUGAGACAGGAGAGGGCAUUGAUUGGGCACUUGCUGAAGCACUAGCUUUUGGAACAUUGCUACUUGAGGGUAACCAUGUAAGACUGAGUGGGCAGGACGUUGAAAGGGGUACGUUCAGUCAUCGACAUGCUAUGGUUCAUGAUCAGGAGUCAGGGAAGAAGUAUUGCCCUCUUGACCAUGUAAUGGUAGACCAGGAUGAGGAAAUGUUUACUGUAAGCAACAGCUCCCUUUCAGAGUUCGGUGUACUUGGAUUUGAAUUGGGUUAUUCAAUGGAAAAUCCAAAUGCUUUGGUUAUGUGGGAAGCUCAAUUUGGUGACUUUUCUAAUGGGGCUCAAGUGAUGUUUGAUCAGUUUUUGAGUGGUGGAGAAUCAAAGUGGCUACGUCAAAGUGGGCUUGUCGUGCUGCUUCCUCAUGGUUAUGAUGGCCAAGGCCCUGAACAUUCGAGUGCACGAUUGGAGCGUUUCCUUCAGAUGAAUGAUAGCAACCCCUAUGUGGUGCCUGAGAUGGAUUCAUUAGUGAGAAAGCAAAUCCAGGAAUGCAAUUGGCAGGUUGUGAAUGUUACAACUCCUGCUAAUUACUUUCAUGUAUUGAGGCGUCAGGUACACAGGGAGUUCCGUAAGCCUCUAGUAGUUAUGUCACCGAAGAAUCUGCUUCGCCAUAAGUCCUGCAAAUCAAAUCUAUCUGAAUUCGAUGAUGUUGAAGGUCACCCAGGAUUUGACAAGCAAGGAACCAGAUUCAAGCGACUUAUAAAGGACAAAAACGAUCACUCUGAUCUUGAAAAGGGCAUUAAGCGACUGGUUCUUUGCUCUGGAAAGGUUUAUUAUGACUUAGACGAAGAGCGAAACAGGAUUGAUGCCAAAGAUAUUGCGAUCUGCAGGGUGGAACAACUCUUUCCCUUCCCAUAUGACCUCAUCCAACGAGAACUGAAUCGUUAUCCAAAUGCGGAGAUAGUAUGGUGCCAGGAAGAGCCAAUGAACAUGGGAGCUUACAGUUACAUUGCGCCGUGUCUUUACACGACCAUGAAAGCCAUGGGAAGAGGAUCUUAUGAUGAUAUCAAAUACGUUGGCAGAGCUUCAUCCGCUUCUACUGCCACUGGCUUUUAUUCAAACCACAAAAACGAACAGACUCAGCUUGUUCAGUUAGCCAUGCAGCCUCAACCAAUCAAUUAGACUGCAAAAGUUAUUAGGAGAGACUGGAGGAAGACUGACUUAUCUACAAUUAAAGGGUUGGGGGUGCAUUUCCACCUUUGUUAUGAAUUGUCUUUUUAUUUUGAUGAUCAAAAUUUAAAGGAGCUAGAUUAUUUGAUGUAGCCUCCCCCACACCCCUGCCUAGAGAUGGAAGCAUAGUUAUGAAAUCCCACUCCGCUUGCUUGGGCGGAUCAACUUGGAGAACCGGUGCACCGAAUUUAAAAUUGAGCCAAUUUUUCUUUUGAAUCAUUUAAAGAAGAUAAUUAGAUUGAAUUGGUUAAUUUGUAAUUGAGCCAAUUGAUCCACAAUACUCGAUUGAUUUGACCUUAUUCUUUAA